GCUUCCCUCCCAGCAGAGAGCGAGUCAAUUUAUGGAAUGAAAAGGGGGCUGUUUAAUGGUUCCCAUCAAAGCCGCUAAAAACAUCAUCGCACUGACUGACUUUGGCGAGGAUUCCUGCAGCGGACUGCGACCUGAACAAACACGGAGAGACACUUUCAGGGGGGUUUCAUCAGGGUCUGAAGUUCCCAGGAGAGAAGAACUUUUUUCCUCCCAUCUUUCUCAUCAAACAGGAUACUUUGGGAAAAGCCGAGAAUAAGCGUAGAGCUCUUAGUAAUUUAACUGCUUUAUUUCCACUGAAGUGAGUUCGGUGGUUCAUGUUUACAAAUGUUAGCGGUCGGACAGAUGGACGCUAACCGGCAGAGUGCGUUCGUUCUGGGCAGCACCCCGCUGGCGGCGCUGCACAACAUGACCGAGAUGAAGACGUCGCUGUUCCCAUACGCGCUGCAGCAGAGCCCGGCGGGUUUCAAGGCGCCCUCCCUGUCCAACCUCAGCUCGCAGAUCUCCGGCGGGACCCCUCACGGAAUAAGCGACAUCCUGGGGAGACCCAUCACGACCGCGGGGCAGCUGCUGUCCGGUUUUCCGCGGAUUAACGGCCUGGCGACUACAGCGGCCGGGAUGUACUUCAGCCCCGCGGUGUCUCGGUACCCGAAGCCGCUGGCCGAGCUGCCCGGCAGGGCGCCCAUUUUCUGGCCCGGGGUCAUGCAGGGGGCCCCGUGGAGGGACCCACGGGUUCCUUGUCCAACUCAGGCUAACAUCAUGAUGGACAAAGACGGAAAGAAGAAGCACUCUAGGCCGACGUUUUCAGGACAGCAGAUUUUUGCUUUGGAAAAAACCUUUGAGCAAACCAAAUAUCUGGCUGGACCUGAGAGAGCCCGGCUGGCCUACUCCUUAGGAAUGACAGAGAGUCAAGUCAAGGUUUGGUUCCAGAACCGGAGGACAAAGUGGAGGAAGAGGCACGCAGCAGAGAUGGCCUCAGCCAAGAAGAAGCACGACUCUGAAACGGAGAAGAUGAAGGAGAGCUCAGACAACGAGGAUGACGACGAAUACAACAAGCCGCUGGACCCCAACUCUGACGACGAGAAAAUUACGAGACUGUUGAAGAAGCACAAGACCACCACCAACCUGGCCCUGAUCAGCCCCUGCAGCAACAGCUCGGACACCUUGUGAUCGAAAGACCAAAGGGGUCCGGCAGAGACCCGUCCUGAUUAGUUCCCACCUGACAUAACAACAUGCGUUUGAAGGGAAGCGCAUUUGUUUUUUGUUUUUGCUCGGGCAGAAAAAAAAAAAGCCAGAGAGGGGGGCUUCAUCUAGACUGGACACAUAGAGCUCCAGAACGCCUUGUUUGAGCUGAACCUCAAGAAAAAAAAAAACUGAGACAGAUUCACUGAGUUUCUGUCAGUGAAGAGGACAAUAAAAGCGAG